GCCGGCCAAUGGUGCGGGGCUCAGGGGGUGGGGCUGCGGCCGACGCGCGGCGGAUCGCGGUGAGCGCUGAGCCGGCGGGCUGCGGUUCCGCAGGUCGUUCUCGGGGCCCGGACUCUCCUGCGGUCCCAGCACCAAUCCUGGCGGGGCUGCUCCCGCUAUCUGCCGCCUGAGCAUACGCCCGGGCCACCCCCCGCCCCGCUGCGCCCAGAACUGACCACCAGUUCCCCUUCCUCGGUACAGGCCCCCGAAGCCCUGGCUCCCCCCUGCUUCCCAGGCAGCAGCCCCAGGCCCUGGGCUCUCCCUGUGUCCCUCUGUACUCUCUCCAGCCCUUCAAACUGCCUUCCGCGCCCCCCCCCCCCCCCGCCAGCAGAGCCCUAAUAUCCAAAUGCCCUGAGGUUUUCCCUAGUCACCUUCCUUGAUGCUGUGGUCUCGCUGCCGCCUUCCCCUGUCUGUGCUCCCGCCAUCAGUUCCACUCCCGCUCCUUCCCUGAAGCUACCACCCCAGAAUCCACUCCAAUUCACCUGCCCCAAGCCCUCCAACCUGGGUCCCCUUUCCCGAGGGUGCCCUCCCCGUCUUCUAGGGGUGCCCCCCCUACUCCUGGGGUGCCCCUGUCUCCCCAGGGUGCCUUCUCCCCACAGACCCCCCCCCCCGUGCCAUGGCGGAGCCGCGGUACCUGCAGGCCGACUGCACUUUUCGGCCCGGGACGCACACGGUGCGGGUGACUCUGGCUCGCACUGCGCUGCAGGUGGAGGUGGAGGCUCACGGUACCGCCGACCUGUGGAGGGGCGAGUUCGAUGCCGCUUUCAUCGAGGACCUGACCCGCAAAACGGGGAAUUUCAAGCAGUUUGGCAUUUUCUGCAGCAUGCUGGAGUCAGCACUGAUGCAGAGCAGCGAGUCCGUCAGCCUGGAGCUCCUCACCUACGCCGACCUGGAGACCCUGCGUAGCCGGAAAGUGGGGGCAAUCGCCCGGCCUCCCCCUUCCUCCUCUUCCCCCCUCAGCACCAAGCGCUACCUUAUCCUCGUCUAUUCUGUGGAGUUUGAUAGGAUCCACUACCCGCUGCCACUGCCUUAUGUCGGGCGGCCAGACCUUGCCACACUGGUGCGGGAGUUGCGGGAGGAGCUGGCACGGCUCCGGGCCCGACGCCUGGAGGAGAUCCAGCACCUGCGGGACGUGCUGCGACAGGCACUGGAGGAGAAGCGGGUGGCAGAGGCCCGGCAUCAGCGUGAGCACCGUCAGCUGGCUGCCCAGCUGGCCGAGGCAAAGGCAUCAGAGCAGAGGCUGCAGCUGCGGGUGAAGAGCCUGACAGCCGAACUGGCCUCCUGCAGGAGGGGCCGCCGGACAUCUGCCAGCACGGCCCCCUGCCCCCAGGAGCGACGCUCGGCAUCCCUGGAGAGCCACAGGAGCAGCCGGGGCCGCCCUUCUCUGCGAUCCCCAUCACCUGCAGGCUCCCGCCUCCCACGCUUCGACCCCACUGCCUUCGUCAGGGCCCGGCAGCGACGGCAGAAGGAGGCUGAGCUCAGAAACCAGCGGCACAGGGCAGCUUUUGGCAGCUCCAGUCCGGUGAGGAGCCAUGGGCGCAGCUCGUCGGCCACAAGCUUCCGGAGCUGGUGCUCGGCAGUGAGCUCUGGCAGCAAAGGCAGUGAGUGCCCCGAGGCCAUGCCCCACAGGGACAGGAGGGUGACCCAUACCCAGAGACCCCUGAGCACCUCGUCCUGCAAUGGCCCCUGUAUGGCACCUCGCCUGGCUGCCAGUCACAAGGUGCCCAUACGCAGUGCUGCUGGCAAGCGCCCUGGUAAAGAGAACCACUCUGAGGAGCCCUCGGCUGAGCUGGCUGAGAUUGAUGCCCGGCUGUGGGCGCUGCAAGAGUACAUGGACAGCCUGGACACCUGCAUGUGACUCCCCCCCAGGGACUCCCAGCCCCUCUGGGAACCCUCCCCCCUCCCUGUGUCAGGGGGUGUGGGGCAAGUGUUCCCCCAAAUAAACCCCUGUCUGGCCCUA